UUUCACCUCCUCUCUUUUUCUCUCUCUCUAGAAACUCAGUUUUUAAAGUAAAAAGCUUUCGAAAAUCAGAAUUCAUAAGCGUGACGAACACAACCCACACAUAUUAUGGAGAGAGAGCUGAAAGAGCAUCGGAGAUUCCUUCUCUCUCUCUCUCACUGAAACCCUAAUCUCCAUAUGCGCGUGAUCAAUUACAGUAGAAAGGGAUCUUUUAACCCUAAUCUUAUUUCUUAAUUCUGAAGCAAAAGAAUGGCGUCAGAGCUAGGGCAACAGACGGUGGAGUUCUCGACCCUGGUGAACCGUACCGCCGAGGAAUCUUUCCUCUCGCUGAAGGAGCUCGUCGAGAAAUCGAAGGCGGCACCGGACCAGUCCGAUACCGAUAAAAAGAUUGGACUGCUCAAGUACUUGGCCAAGACCCAGCAACGCAUGCUCCGACUCAAUGUCCUCGCCAAGUGGUGUCAACAGGUCCCGUUAAUACAAUACUGCCAGCAACUCUCCUCCACUCUUUCAAGUCAUGAUACCUGUUUCACUCAAGCUGCAGAUUCAUUGUUUUUCAUGCAUGAAGGGCUGCAGCAAGCUUGUGCUCCUGUUUAUGAUGUUCCAUCUGCAAUUGAUAUCCUCCUAACAGGGUCAUAUCAGCGUCUGCCAAAAUGUGUAGAAGAUGUGGGCGUUCAGAGUUCACUAAGCGAGGAUAAGCAAAAGCCGGCUUUGAAAAAGCUGGACACACUUGUGCGAUCUAAAUUACUUGAAGUGUCACUCCCAAAAGAAAUUUCUGAGGUUAAAGUCUCUGAUGGUACAGCAGUGCUUCGUGUCAAUGGGGAAUUCAAGGUUUUAGUGACACUAGGCUACCGAGGGCACCUAUCAAUGUGGAGAAUAUUGCAUCUAGAACUGCUUGUUGGUGAGAGAUGUGGACUUGUAAAAAUUGAAGAAUCACGCCGGCAUGCUCUUGGGGAUGAUUUAGAGCGAAGAAUGGCUGCUGCAGAAAAUCCGUUCAUGACAUUAUACUCAGUUCUACAUGAGCUUUGUGUUGCACUCGUAAUGGACACUGUCAUAAGGCAAGUACAGGCUCUUCGGCAAGGGAGAUGGAAAGAUGCAAUUCGGUUUGAGCUCAUAUCUGAUGGGAGUACAAGUCAUGGAGGAAGUUCUGCCUCUGCGCAAUUAAAUCAAGAUGGAGAAAAUGAUUCAUCUGGUCUACGAACGCCAGGGUUAAAAAUUCUAUACUGGUUAGAUUUUGAUAAAAACAAUGGUAUUUCUGAUUCAGCAUCAUGCCCGUCUAUAAAAAUUGAACCAGGACCAGAUCUGCAGAUAAAGUGUCUUCAUAGCACAUUUGUCAUAGAUCCAUUAACUGGAAAGGAGGCAGAAAUAUCUCUUGACCAAAACUGUAUUGAUGUUGAGAAGUUGCUUCUGAGAGCCAUAUGCUGUAAUAGAUAUACUCGUCUGCUUGAAAUUCAAAAAGAUCUGGGGAAGAAUGCUCAAAUCUACCGAGGUAAAGGGGAUGUUUCUCUUGAGUCCCAUGUGGAAGAUGUGGAUGUUGACCAUAAAAAGAAAGAUGACAAGUCCAAUGUCAGAGAAUAUGAAGGGCAGGAAGUAUUACGUGUGCGUGCCUAUGGCUCAUCAUUUUUUACCCUGGGCAUAAAUAUAAGGAAUGGCCGCUUUCGUCUUCAGUCCUCCCCAAAUAUUCUUGCUUCACCGGAAUUUUUGUCUGAAUGUGAAGAUGCUUUAAAUCAAGGAAGUAUGACUGCAGCUGAAGUUUUCAUCAACUUGAGAAGUAAAAGUAUUUUGCACUUAUUUGCAUCUAUUGGCAGGUUUCUAGGCCUUGAGGUAUAUGAACAUGGUUUUCCUGCAGUUAAAGUUCCAAAGAACAUUUUGAAUGGUUCAACUGAGUUGCUAAUGGGGUUUCCUGAUUGUGGGAACUCUUAUUUCCUGCUGAUGCAACUUGAUAAGGACUUUAAGCCCCUAUUUAAAUUGCUUGAGACUCAGCCAGGUCCAUCUGGAAAAGCUGAUUCUUGUCAUGAUCUAAACCAUGUGAUACGGAUCAAGAAAAUUGAUGUUAGCCAGAUGCAGAUGCAUGAGGAUGAUAUGAAUUUAAGCUUGCUUGACUGGGGAAAACUACAUUCCUUUUGCCCUAGUGCUGGGGGUUCUAAUCGGUCUUCUGAAAAUGGCCUUCUUUCAGAUAUCAGCCAUGGAGGUUCUAUGCCAAUUGCAGGUUGUGCACCAUCGAGUUUUUCUUCUGUUGUUGACGAAGUAUUUGAAUUGGAGAAAGGGUUAUCUGUACCUUCUUAUUCUAUUCCGAAUGUCUCUUCAUUGCUUAACGCAUCUCCUGCUUCUCAUUUUGGUUCUGGUCCGAUGAAUCUUCACACCAUUAAAGCUGGAAGUGCCUCUCCUAAAUGGGAGGGAGGUAUGCAGCUAUCACAGCUAAAUAAUUCUGCGAAUGUUUCUAGUAUGGCCACCCAUUAUAAUGGGUCCUUAUAUUCAUCAAAUAAUUUGAAGGGCCCCAUACAGUCAGCUUCUCUUGGUUCUCUAUCUUCUGGCCCAGGAAGGAGUGCCUCCGUGAAGAAAAUACCAAUUUCAAAGUCUGAUCAGGAUUUGGCUUCUCUUAGGUCUCCACAGUCAGUUGAGUAUGGCUCUUGUACUUCAAUGGAUGAAGAUCAGCUGAGAUUUCUGAAUGAUACUUCAAAGGGUGCACUAUAUGGGAAUAGAUCAUCCCAAAUAUUAUCUCCAACUCGGUCCACUGGCCCCCGAAUCUCUGGGCCAGGUGUGAGACCCAAUGGGCCUAUAACUGGAUCUUUCAGAGUUGUCGGAUUAAAUUCAUGUGCAACAACUCCUGGAUCCCUGGCACCAGACUCUGGAGUAUGUCAUAGUCCUAAUCAAGAUGUUUCAAAUAGAAAACCUCGCAAACGUACACUUUCAGAUAUGUUGAAUUUAAUCCCAUCACUUCAAUGUGCGGAAGCCAAUUCAGGAUUUUGUAGGAGGAGGAAGAUUUCUGAAGUAGCUCGUCCUCAGCAGUCUUCGUCACAGAUGCUUAUGCCAAGGGAUAUAAUUUCAAAAUCCGAAGUAUACAGUUAUGGGGAUCUUAUAUCUGAAGCUAAUAAGGGAAAUGCACCUUCGAGCAUUUAUGUUUCAGCUCUUCUUCAUGUGGUCAGGCACUGCUCACUUGGUAUUAAGCAUGCCAGACUAACUAGCCAGAUGGGGGCUCUGGACAUCCCUUAUGUUGAAGAAGUGGGUCUAAGAAGUAUAUCUUCCAACAUAUGGUUCCGACUUCCAUUUGCCAGAGGUGAUUCGUGGCAACAUUUAUGCUUGCGACUUGGCAGACCUGGAAGCAUAUAUUGGGAUGUCAAAAUAAAUGACCAACACUUCAGAGAUUUGUGGGAGCUUCAGAAAGGAAGCAAUGGUACACCUUGGGGUUCUGGUGUUCGAAUUGCGAAUACAUCGGACAUAGACUCUCAUAUUCGUUAUGAUCCGGAAGGUGUUGUUCUCAGUUAUCAGUCUGUGGAGGCUGAUAGUAUUAAGAAGUUAGUGGCAGACAUUCAAAGACUUUCCAAUGCAAGAAUGUUCGCCCUUGGUAUGCGGAAAUUGCUUGGAGUAAGAGCAGAUGAGAAGCCAGAAGAAAGUAAUACACACUCUGAUUUUAAAGCACCAGGAGUCAAAGGUUCCUUUGAGGCAGCUGAUAGACUAUCUGAACAAAUGCGAAGGGCAUUUAGAAUUGAGGCAGUUGGACUUAUGAGUCUGUGGUUCAGUUUUGGAUCAGGUGUCCUAGCUCGCUUUGUUGUCGAGUGGGAAUCAGGCAAAGAAGGUUGUACUAUGCAUGUAUCUCCUGACCAACUUUGGCCGCAUACCAAGUUUCUGGAAGAUUUCAUAAAUGGAGCUGAAGUUGCAUCACUUUUGGACUGCAUUCGCCUCACUGCUGGUCCCUUACAUGCUCUUGCAGCUGCAACACGACCUGCAAGAGCUAGUCCUAUUCCAGGGGUCCCUGGAGGAGCAGUUCUCUCUUCCAUUACGAAACUGGGGGGGCAGUCACCAUCCCAAGGUCUAAUGCCAACUAGUUCAACCACAAAUGCCAGUCAGUCCCCAUCUGGCCCUAUGGGUAACCCUGUUUCAUCUACUGCUACAGGGCCUCUUGCAAAUCAUAGCCUCCAUGGGGCUGCAGUGUUAGCUGCUGCUGGCCGAGGUGGACCUGGCAUUGUACCCAGCUCACUGUUGCCCAUUGAUGUUUCUGUUGUGCUACGCGGCCCCUACUGGAUACGAAUUAUAUAUCGGAAGCACUUUGCAGUUGACAUGCGCUGUUUUGCAGGAGAUCAGGUUUGGUUGCAACCAGCAACACCACCGAAGGGGGGUCCUUCAGUUGGAGGGUCAUUACCUUGCCCACAGUUUAGGCCAUUUAUUAUGGAGCAUGUGGCUCAAGAAUUGAAUGGUUUAGAUACUAAUUUCACUGCUGGUCAACAGACAGGACUGGCAAGUUCAAUCAAUCAAAACCCAACUUCAGGUUCCCAACUGUCUGCUGUAAAUGGAAAUAGGGUUAACCUCCCUGGUUCUGCGGCAAUGUCUAGGACAGGCAACCAAGUUGCUGUUUUGAACCGUGUUGGAAAUGCUUCUCCGGUGUCUUCAAAUUUGGCUGUUGUGAGCUCAGGGAUGCCUUUACGUAGAUCCCCCGGUCCGGGUGUCCCUGCUCAUGUGAGAGGUGAAUUGAAUACAGCCAUUAUUGGUCUUGGAGAUGAUGGGGGGUAUGGAGGUGGUUGGGUUCCUCUAGUUGCACUUAAAAAGGUGCUAAGAGGUAUUCUCAAGUACCUUGGGGUUCUAUGGCUAUUUGCCCAGCUACCGGAUCUUUUGAAAGAGAUUUUGGGGUCAAUUUUGAAAGACAAUGAAGGUGCACUUCUAAAUUUAGACCAGGAGCAGCCUGCCUUGCGUUUCUUUGUUGGUGGGUAUGUAUUUGCAGUAAGUGUUCACAGAGUUCAACUCCUUCUUCAAGUACUGAGUGUGAAACGAUUCCAUCAUCAGCAGCAGCAACAGCAACAGCAACAGCAGCCAAAUUCAACUACUGCUCAAGAGGAAUUAUCUCCAUCUGAAAUAGGAGAGAUAUGUGACUACUUCAGUCGACGCGUUGCGUCAGAGCCUUAUGAUGCUUCUCGUGUGGCGUCAUUCAUCACUCUUCUCACCUUACCCAUAUCAGUUCUACGAGAAUUCUUGAAAUUAAUAGCAUGGAAAAAAGGACUCGCCCAGGCGCAAGGGGGAGAUGGAGCACCUGCUCAAAAACCCCGUAUUGAAUUAUGCCUUGAAAAUCAUGCUGGCUCGAGUCUGGAUGAGAACUCAGAUAAUUCAUCUGUUGCCAAAAGCAAUAUCCAUUAUGAUCGGCCUCAUAACUCUGUAGAUUUUGCACUGACUCUUGUUCUUGAUCCUGCUCACAUACCUCACAUAAAUGCUGCUGGUGGUGCAGCAUGGUUGCCAUACUGUGUCUCAGUGAGGUUGAGAUAUGCAUUUGGUGAAAAUCCUAAUGUGUCCUUUCUUGGCAUGGAAGGAAGCCAUGGAGGUCGGGCUUGCUGGUUGCGCAUUGAUGAUUGGGAAAAAUGUAAACAUAAGGUUGCUCGAAUUGUGGAACUUAAUGGUAGUUCCGGAGGAGACAGCAGUCAAGGAAGGUUAAGAAUUGUUGCUGACUGCGUGCAAAGAACACUACAUAUGUGGCUUCAAGGGUUGAGGGACGGUGGUGGGGUUAGUGCAAGCUCGGGGGCGACAUGAUUGAUUUGGUCACUCAGAGAAAUUUUUUAGUAAAAUUUCAUUUGAGAUUAAUCUCAAUGAGUUUACGUGGAUUGAUCAUGGCUCAUAUUCCAUUCCAUUUUUUCGGAUCUCCCAAUUAGUUGCAGGAGAAACUUGUAUCAGGGAGGAGAGCAAAUCUGGCCACAAGAUGUGUGUUGAGGUGAUGCUUAAAUGGUGAUUGCAGAGUUGACGAGGAGAUGGCUGCCUUUAGGAAUGCACUUGCAGAACUAACAGAGAGAUCGAUGGUGUGAGGGGACCUUUUAUAUAUUUUUAUAUUUGGAUCUUCUGAUACUAGGGUGUACAAUAUUUUGGAUAUUUUCUGCUAAUUUGAAGAUAAGGGGUAUUGUUGUUGUACAGAUCAGGCUUAAUUGGAUAUACUUUGUAAACAUUUUGUUUCCGCUGGAGUAGAGCUUAGUUCUCAACUGUCCAAGAAAA